AUGCCAACGCCUCGAAAGGCCAAAAAGUUGAAGACAACUUUGACGGUGGAGGACGCGAAGGCAUAUUUCGAUGAACACCACAUCAAGGUUCAUAUCCCUGAGGGGAAGGACAUUGACAUCACGCCACUGGCAGGCUUUCACUUCCAAGGCUUUGCGAAGCGCUUGAUCAGGUACUGCCAGAGCAAGUAUGAGAAUCCCACACCCAUCCAAGCGUGCACUUGGCCGUUAAUCAUGCAGAAAAGCGAUGUGUGUGGAAUCGCCAAGACUGGCAGCGGAAAGACCCUGGCCUUCGCUCUUCCCUACUUGUCCAUGUCGAGGCUUGGAGUGCUGGAGGUCUUCGAGCAGCCCUGCGCGCUGCCGCGCUUCGUGGCCUUGGCACCCACGAGGGAGCUCGCGAUGCAGAUUGCGGAGGUCUGCGCAGAUCUUGUGAAAGCCCUCACCGCAGGCGAGGAGGGGCUGUACCCGGUGCAGUGCAUCUACGGUGGUGUUCCCAAGAGAGAUCAACGACAGGCGAUUUCCCAGACGGGCAUUGAUAUGGCCAUUUGCACGCCCGGACGCUUGCAGGACCUGGUGGAAGAGGAGACGGUGGACUUGAGCUCCGUGUCCCAGGCUCAGCCGGUCGGAGGGUCGGAGCGCAUCAGCGCAGCGGCAGCGAAAACCCUCUCGUCUCCUUCUCAGAUGAAGUUGCCCUUUGUCCUGCUUCGCGUCGGAAGCAUUGGCCAAUGCAGCAGGUCCUGCAUAGUCCGUGUGCCGAGAGGAGUGAUGUCUGUCAGUGCACCUGCGCCGUGGGAGCCCGGAGGUUCCGCUGGCCCUGCCAGCCGUCGAGUCGAAUCGAGUCGAAGUUUCGGCGGCUAUCCUCACCGAAACCUCUGGGGGCCAGUGUCCUUCAUCGCAAGGCCAGAGAAGAGCCUGAGAGGGACCAGAUGUGGAGUACUCGUCUGCAGCGGCACGGCGCGGCAGCGCGGCAGGGCAGCGCGCGGACAUGGCGGACAUGUUGCAACGUCCAGGUCAGCAGACCUGGCCUGGCCACUGACGGUCCCUGGCAGAGGAAGGCGGCUGGGGCAGGUCCCCCCCACCGCCCGCGCAACGCGCAAGGCGCCGCAGCAAGGUGGCUCCGAAGAUCUGCAGCAGUCGUUUGAGGAGAUCUUGAAGCACAUCUCCGACACCAGGAACGCUCCCGUCACGCCGCCACCGCGUGCUGUGCCGGCACCCGCUGCACCCACGACGCAAAGCCUUCGCCGGUCCGGACCGGAAUGGAAGCGUAUCACCACGAUCGGGCGAGAGCUGGAUCCUUGCGUCUGCCUCCUUGGAUCCGGGUCGCAGUCUCGGCCUCGGCAGGAGCGCUCGGAGCGCCUCAAGGCCUGGAGCCCCGUCACUUGGGCGCACAGGGACUCCAGCUUUGGCCUUGCAGGGUAUUUGCCCCAGAAGGAUUUCAACGCCUGGGACAAAGAGCGAGUGAGCAAUCCCGAGCGCACCUGGCCACCAGACGGAGCCGUCAGUGAGCUCUACGACACAAGUAGAAAGGGGAAGCCAAGCUGGAACCCCACCAACUGGGUUCACAAGGGACGUUGCUUCCCAAUGGAGGCACCUUCAUUGCCCGGACGCGGCCUGCAAAUCAGACGCAAGAGAACCCCAAGCUUUGGAACUGUGUCAGCAGAAUCUGAGAUGCAGCGAUCCCAAUCGCAUGCUUCGGUGAGGGCCACGGCCUCGAUCUCGCCUCGCAGCGAGAGCAGUCGUGUGAGCACCAGCAGCGCCCUGAGCCUCAGCCUCAGCGCCGGCAACGCCAGCGGCACCGGCUUGGGCGCCGGCGCUUGCACGGCCGCGACGCGGAGCGCCGCCGCUCUCGGUUUGGGCCCCGGCACCUCAAAGGAGCGCGAGGAGCGACGGAAGUCGGAGCCCAGCAGCGGGCCACUCGGCCGUGGCCCUGGCGGCAAAAUCUGGCACACCUUUGGCGAAGUUCUGGAAGCGGACAGGAUGCUGGAUCUGGGCUUCAUCGACGCGGUGAAAGCGUUGAUCUCCAAGAUGCCCAAGGCUGGGAAGCGCCAGACCUGCAUGUUCAGUGCCACAUGGCCUGCCACGGUGCACGCUCUCGCGACGAAGUUCCUCAACGAGCCCAUGCAUGUGGGCAUAGGCUCCGUCGAUGAGGGCAUGGUGGCGAACACGGCCAUUCGACAGCUGGUGGAGGUGAUCAGCAACGAGAAGGACAAGCCGGCACGUCUACUUCAACAUUUGAAGAAGCAUUUCAGUCCGGACAAGAAGGUCAUCAUCUUUGGCUUGUACAAGAAGGAGACGGCCUGGUUGGAGAACUUCUUGUGGGAGAAGGGCUACGAAAAGGUGAUUGCGUUGCAGGGUGACUUGUCCCAGGAGAAGAGAACGCAGGCCAUCGCAGACUUCAAGGCGACGAAGAAGACUCCACUGAUCGCCACGGACGUUGCCAGCCGAGGUCUGGAUGUCCAGGACGUUGAGCUGGUGAUCAAUUAUACGUUCCCGUUGACGAUCGAGGACUACGUGCAUCGGAUCGGUCGAACCGGCCGAGCAGGCAAGAAAGGCUUGGCGAUCUGCUUCUUCUGUCCCGAGUCCAAGGGAGCUCAGGAUGAGAAGGCGCACGCCGGUGACCUUUGCAAAGUCCUCCGCGAUGCAAGCCAAGAGGUGCCCAAGGAGUUGGAGAGCAUUGCCGGCACCUCUGGUGGCAACAAGGCCACGAAGAAGAAGGCCCUCUCAUGCGCGCACGUCAGAAGCCCCUUCCUUAUCCCGAAAGUGUGUUGCGAAUGGUUUUCCGUGGAGGUCGUUUGCAUGGCAUAUGAGGUGAUGUUAGUGUUGAGGUGA